CGGCAAAAGUAGAUUCGGACCCAUUCAAUUGAAACCCAAAAUGUGUUAAGUACUGCAUCUGUCAAAAAUUGCCACCAAACUAUAAGCGCAGGCUUGAAGCAGAGCCAGAGCUGUGUCUUAUUCUCCUGUUUCUAAUUAACCUUCUCAUGCACCUUGCAUCGCGCAGAACAUCGACCUGUGGUUACUCUUGGUUCCCUGAAGUAAUUGGUGUUCAAAUUCAAGAUGAAUUUUACCGAGGUAAGAUUGCUCAGAAUUCAGGAACGAGAAAACGCGAAUUAGGUUCUCUCGCAAGACUCCUGAAGUCUCUUUUCCUUGCCCUUCUCCCCUUCCUCUCUUUUCUUCCUUCUGGACGACAGCGGUUCGCUACGACCAAUGACAGCGAAACUAUGAUGUCAUAUUACCGUAGAACUUUUGGGCCACAGUGGGGACCAUGUGCCGCAGACAGAUACGUUGCCCACGUUCUCGUCGUUCGUCACAGCAAAUGUGCCCCGUGGAUGGAGAAUCAUAUAUGUGGGCAGUAGAGCUCUGGUUCAACGAUUCGGAGCCUGAUUUUCAAACGACUCUGCGAAAUCUGUUUCAUGCAGAUCCGAUCGCCAUCUACCUAGAAAUCAUUGGACCGGCCUAUUGGGCAGGGAAAAGCCGAGAGGUACUCGUAGGCUACGAAUAAGCAGUUUCCCUAUCUUCUUCGGUUGGAAACAGUCGUGGUAGCUAAA